GGACUCCUUGUUCGUCUUCGAUUUGGCUCCUUCUACUCUGUCCCAAGUUCGACCUACCAUUGAAUUGCCAGAACCUUCUCUUUACGAGAUCUAAUAUCGGCCUUCUUCACUUCGCGCCAAUAGCAACUGCCUUAUCACAGGUUGGACGUAUAUCUUCUGCCUUACAUAUUCGCCGUCCGGUACUUUGAAGGACCGGACGCAGUAAUACACCUUCGCCACGGCUGUCCUAUCUCAAAGCGCGCGGGACAGCUUCGUCCUGCCCCCGCAUCUUCUUGGAAUGCAACACCACGACGGCGCUCCGACCGCACCCAGCGGACCCCGCCUUCAGACGAGUUUCCAGAAGCAGAUGAACGGAGGUCAUACCGGCUUUUCGCACGGCGCAUUCCACACCAACCAGCCAGGCGGCUACGCCGAUAGACAUCCCGAGAGGUCGAACAUCCCGUCGAUCAACACGGGCAGGCUCGCGCCGGGCAACCAAAACACCGACUUGCAGACCCCUGGUACGGGCUUCGAUAUGAACUUCACACCUUUGCUCCCGUCGCAGUUGCUCCUCGGCAGCCCCUUCCAGCCGGGGUCUCCGUCAGCUUUUGCGUCGCCGCAAUUCCAGCAGUAUGCGAAUUUUGCCGGACAGAACCAGUCACAUCAGCAACAGAAUCAGGCCAACCACAUGGGCAGCCCGGUGCAGAUGCAGCAGCCGCUUUCGCCCCAGCUCUACCAGAACCUGGUCUCUCCUACGAGUAUAAACGGCCCUGGCUUCUUUGGUGGACCGCAGUCGCCCACGGGAGGAUAUUCUGGAUUUGGUGCACAGGGUCUUGGUGGACUGGGUUCGUCUCUGCCCAUUGCCCCGGGCCUAGUAUCUGGGACUAGCAGGACCGUCUAUCUAGGCAACAUUCCCCCCGAGACGUCUGCUGAAGAGAUUCUUGGUCAUGUGAGGAGUGGUCAGAUCGAGUCUGUCAGACUCCUGCCGGACAAGAACUGCGCGUUCAUCUCAUUCCUGGACAGCAGCUCCGCCACCCAUUUCCAUUCUGAUGCAAUCUUGAAAAAGUUGUCGAUCAGAGGCCAGGACAUCAAGAUUGGGUGGGGAAAACCGUCGCAGGUACCGACCUCGGUAGCCUUGGCCGUGCAACAGUCAGGCGCUUCGCGUAACGUUUACCUUGGUAAUCUGCCAGAAGACGUCACUGAGGAGGAGCUGCGUGAGGAUCUCAGCAAGUUCGGUCCGAUCGACACCGUAAAGAUUGUGCGGGAGAAGGCCAUUGGCUUCGUGCAUUUCUUGUCCAUUGGAAAUGCCAUAAAGGCUGUUGCGCAGCUUCCUCAAGAGCCGAAAUGGCAGCCUCCAAGGCGCGUCUACUACGGCAAAGAUCGAUGCGCGUAUGUCUCGAAGACUCAGCAGCAGAACGCCGCGCAGUACCUUGGAAUCGCGCCUGGAUAUGCCCACGUGCUGAACGGGGCCGAUCGGGACAUGAUCUCCAACGCCCUCGCACAGCAGUCGGUCGCUGCCGCGGCAGUUGCAACAUCCGCCGGCGGCGUCAACAACCUGGGCAACCGGACAGUGUACCUAGGAAACAUACAUCCUGAGACGACGAUCGAAGAGAUUUGCAACGUCGUCCGCGGCGGUCUCCUGCACCACAUACGAUACAUCCCGGACAAGCACAUCUGCUUCGUGACGUUCAUCGACCCUACUUCUGCAGCGUCGUUCUACGCUCUGAGCAACCUCCAAGGGCUAAUGAUCCACAACCGACGCCUGAAGAUUGGAUGGGGAAAGCACUCCGGCGCCCUCCCUCCGGCGAUCGCUCUUGCUGUGAGCGGCGGAGCCUCGCGUAAUGUCUACAUUGGCAACUUGGAUGAGUCAUGGACCGAGGACCGCCUGAGGCAGGACUUCUCUGAAUAUGGUGAGAUUGAGCUGGUCAACACGCUGCGCGAGAAGAGCUGUGCGUUUGUCAACUUCACCAACAUCGCCAAUGCCAUCAAGGCGAUUGAGGCCGUGCGAGGCCGGGAGGAGUACAAGCGAUUCAAGGUCAACUUUGGGAAGGACCGCUGCGGUAACCCGCCGCGACAGAUGAACUCCAAUCAGGGCCAGGCACAGCAAGCUGGAAGUGAUGGUGUCCAGUCUCCUUCGCCCAUCAACGGUCUCCAUCCCAACCGCAGCAACACUGGGCCCUCCGUUUCGCCAACUGGCUCUGGCGCUCCUGGCUCAGGUGGCAGCACCAAUGGACAGUUUCCCGGUAUCCAAGCGCCUACACCCGCGAGUAUCCUGAACACCGGCGUCAACAAUCCUCUGAUGAUGUACCUACAGGCUCAACAAAGCCAACAACAACAGCAGGCUGAGGUGAACCUCCAGCAGCAACAACAGCAAGCCCAGCAACAACAGCAGCAGGCGUACCCUUCUCCGCAGGCUGCUUUCUAUGGCGCUGACAUUAACCCUUCUCCACAACCGCACCAGUCGCACACAGCACACAAUAGCACGUCGAGCUUCAGCCUCAUCAACGGUACCUCGAGCCAAUCAGGUGCCACCACAGUCGGUGGCCUGCUCGCCCCAUCAAACCUCAACGCCCGCGCUCAGCACUCUCGCGCCGUCAGCCUACCGGUCUUCACGCAAGGCCCGUUCACGCAGCCCGUGCAGCAAUCGCAGGCACCUCAGCAGAACUCCUUCGGCAGCCUAAGCUCCGGCAUUGGCGGGUUCGGCAGCGGAAACGGCGGCUACGGCCUCGCAAUCCAAGGCGACGGUGGCCUUCCCGGCUGGGCUGAAGAGGAGGUUGGUGCGCAGUAAUCGUUGGCUUUUUCGGAUCUUCUUUUCGAAUGUGCGAUACUUGCUCCACUUAACCAGUUUAGUAGCUUUCUUGGUUACCCACCAUGUUUUCCUUUUUAUAUUCCCCUUUUGCAUCUCCUGGGUCUGGUUUGGGAUUGAAAUGGCGCCACCUCGUGUUGUUUUGAUAUAAUUGUUGUAAUCGAAUUUGGAAACACCAUUUGUGCGCAUCAAUUCACACUCCUUAAUACUGCCCCAACCCGACUCUGUUUUACUACUCUUCCUUGAUUCUCUGAUUUCUUUUUUGUUUUCACUACUGCAAUGCUACUG